AUGAAUCAUUACUCGUUCUGCGUUCUUAGGGCGCUUGGUAUACUUCUUGCCGCUCUCGGGAUAAUCGUCAAUUUUGCUUUUCCUUGUUUUGGUUCCUUUUACAUCGGCACAGUAUAUUCCAUUUCUUGCUAUCUUAUGAGCGUUGUUAUGUCAUGCAUAUUUUUCGGCUUGAUUAAAAAUGAUGUCAUGCUUCAAGCUGAAUUUCCGCAUAUCGGGUGGUUCUUGCUCACAGCAACAUUCUGGUUUAUCGAUCAACCCGAUUACGACGUGAUCAAUGAUGAGAUCAGGAAACGCUGUGAGAAAAUUAUUGGUGGACAUGGAACAGAACAAGAUAUAAUAGAGUGUACCCAUAUUAUGUCAAACCGCAGACUCGUUGCACUUAUUACGUUGAAUUGUACUCAACUUGUGGAGGUGUUUUUCUUUUUCGCAAUUUAUAAAUACGCAAAACACCAAACAAAAGCCCUCCUUCGUAAUGACCGCCACACAACUCCGUCUUAUGGUUCAAUUUCGGACAUAGAAGAUUUAUGA